UUCUUUCAAACUAUUUUCUUGUACAUUGAUCUUAUCUCUAUUAACCAACAAAACUUCUUCCUUUUGUUGUUCUCAUAUAACACUACAACAAAUACUACUAUAAAAACAUACAACCCAUUAAACAAUUAUAAUAGUACUAAUAUUUUUCAUGUUAUAUAUAUAAAUGAUUAAACAUAUCCUUAUUUCUAAUAAAUCUCUCUCAAUCUCUUUGUAAAUCCAACAGAAAAAACUAACUCCAUGUCUCCGUUUCCAAGUUAUUAUUACACUUUUGCUCCAUUCAUUCUCCUCCUUUCCCUUCCUUCUUUUCCCGCCAGAAUCCUAAAACACGAUCCUUUAACUGAAUUAACCGCCGAUAUUCAAAACAACACGUGGCACGCUUUCGUUAAAUUCCUCGACGCCGGAAAAGGAAGUGAACUCACCGGCAUGUCGGAACUGAAAAAAUACUUCCAACGGUUUGGCUAUUUAUCUAAUAUUCCCGAUCAAAAUUUCACCGAUUUUUUCGACGAAGAUUUAGAGUCUGCAGUACUCAAUUACCAAAAAAACCUCGGAUUAACAGUCACCGGAAAAUUAGACGACGAAACGAUGAACGAAAUUAUGUUACCUCGUUGUGGGAUGAGUGAUUCAGCUCAUGAACAUGAUCACAGCUCGUUACAUACAACGAGAAAUUACGCGUAUUUUUACGGGAGACCUAGGUGGAUGAAAUCAUCGCCGAUGAUUUUAUCGUACGCUUUCUCUGAAAAUUACAUGAUUGAUUAUAUAGACAUAUCGGAGAUUAAAUCGGCUUUUAAAAGUGCGUUUUCGCGGUGGUCGUCAGCGAUUCCGGUGAAUUUCACGGAGGCGGAGGAUUACUACACGGCGGAUAUUAAAAUCGGGUUUUUUAGAGGCGAUCACGGCGACGGAGAGCCGUUUGACGGAGUGUUGGGAGUGUUAGCUCACGCUUUUUCGCCGGAAAAUGGGAGGUUUCAUUUAGACGCAGCGGAAACGUGGGCCGUUGAUUUUGAUGAAGAGAGGUCGAGAGUUGCCGUUGAUUUGGAAUCAGUGGCGACCCAUGAGAUUGGGCAUGUACUUGGGCUGGCUCAUUCUUCGGUUAAAGAUGCUGUUAUGUACCCAAGUUUAAGCCCAAGAACGAAGAAGAGGGAAUUAAAGCUUGAUGACGUGGAAGGGGUCCAAGCUUUAUAUGGGUCAAACCCGAAUUUCAAAUACACGUCAUCGUUGGAACAUGACACGUCCUCAUCAAAUUGGAGAACGUCAUCAAAGUGGACCACCUUUUUUAGCUUGGUGGCUUUGAUCUUUUCCUUGUGUUUAUGAUUGCUUAUGUUUUUUAGUUUUUUUUUUUUUUUUGAUGUUGUAAAGAUAUUUUACACAGAAAAAGAAGUAAAGAACAUUCUUUAAAGAUGAA